AUGUACCAUACUCGCGCAUCCAACCUUUCUCUCGAGUCGACCUCAAUCCUGAAGGACGCCCAUCACAAGCAGACUGGUGUCAGAGGGGUCGUCUGCGCCAUCCGCAAACUCCAGAAAUCCAUCCUCGCUGAGCAAUUUAGCAUCCGACAGUUCAUGAGCGACACCGUCAUAUUCGCCUAUAAACGCUUGAACCUGGGGAUGCCACUCCCCGAGAGGGCCAACUACACCAAGCGAUCUACGUAG